ACAUUUGAUGUUCCUCAGUGAGAACAUGAAAGUAAAAAUAAAUUAAAUAAAAAUUAAAAGCCGGUCAAAUAAUAUAAAUUUAAUAUUAAAAUAAUUGCUUUACAAAAUAUUCAAAUAUUGUGUAUUGUGCUAAGUAUUUUUAUGCUUUAUUAUAUUUGAAAUUUGCGUUUUUAUCUUCGUUAAAAGAUUGGAAUCUGAAGGAAUCUUUUUUUUCCAUUUACCCUUUCCAUGGAGCACCAGUUUUUAGCGCAGUGGGUAGAGAGAGAAAUACGAAAUAUUAUAAAGAUAUAAAACAAAUAUUGAAGCACCCACAAUUUAUUGGUUAAUCAUUUGAAUUAAAAUUUUUUGGCUGGAUUAUUUAUCAUCAUCAGAAACAGUGUCUACGCAUAAGACAUAUUAAAAUUGAUGAACCCAGAUGGCGUACAGCCUUCAUGAAAUUCAGCAUCGCACAUUUUAUUUAUGUACAUAAGAAGAAGAAAAUUAAGUAUACAUCCUCAGUUCCAUUCAAUACUCAAAACAGUAUAGUCAUAUAUUAUACAGGUACUGUUUGUGUAACUUUAAUUGUGUUGGUAAAAUAAAAUACAAAGAGAAAAGCAGAGAGACAAAGAUCAGAGAGCACAAUAUAAACUUUAACAGUAUUAUUAUUAUUAUUAUUAUUAUUAUUAAACUGUAUAUGUUUGGCAUAGUAAUCAGAAGCAAUUUGAAUUAAAAAAUCUCAACAGUGUUAGUAUAUUUUUCGUCUUUGGCGAAUGCGGGAAGUAUGAGCACAAAUACUAUACUAAGAUAUCUACUUAAUUGGCAACAACAACUGCAGCAGGGAGCUGUCCAGCAUUGAAAUUGUAGUCGAUUUCAUUAAAUAGUAAAAAUUAAGGAAAAAAAUAAUAUAUUAAUAAAUCUAUCAAAUUUAAUAUCUCUGGAAAGACGUCACCACAAGUGUUAUUCUCAUGGUUUGAAUGGUGUACAAAGUUUAAGCAGUGUUAGUAGCAGAAUGUUAUCAGACGCUACAACCGCGCAAUCAUCAGCAGUAACAUCACUAACAACAUCAUUAGCUUCCGCAGCAGCACAGCAAGCAGUUGCAGUAGCAGCAGUAACAGGAGCGACAGGAGUAACUGGUGUAACAGGAGUAACUGGUGUGACAGGAGUAACGGGUGUUACUGGUGUAGCUGGAGUGACGGGAGUCACUGGUGUAACAGGAGUGUCAGGUUUAACAGGGAAUGAUCAAAAAAAUCAACCAAAGCGAUUGCAUGUUUCAAAUAUUCCAUUCAGAUUUCGAGAUCCUGAUUUAAGAGCAUUAUUUGGACAAUUUGGUUCUAUAUUAGAUGUUGAAAUUAUUUUUAAUGAACGAGGUAGUAAAGGUUUUGGUUUUGUAACAUUUGCUAAUAGCAGCGAUGCCGAAAGAGCUCGAGAACGUCUUCAUGGGACUGUGAUUGAAGGUAGAAAAAUUGAAGUAAAUAAUGCAACCGUUCGAGUUCAAACAAUAAAGAAGACUCCAAUUGUGCCAACAGCUGCGGCUCUACGUGGUGUAGUUAUACAAAGAAGGCCUGUAAUACCUGUAGCAUCAUUUGUACGUCUUCCUGCACCAUUAGGUGCUGUUACUAAUGCAGCUAACGCAGCUUUACUUGGAUAUACGACUCCCAGAUUUUAUUAUGAUCCAUUUUUAGCAGCCGCAGCAGCAACAGCCGAUCCGAAUUUACGUUUUCAACCUCGUGCCGCCGUAGCAACAUUAAGUAGUAAUCCAGUCACACGUUUUCAUCAUCAGCUUCCACCGAAUAUUUUAACAACAACUGCACCUUUAUUAAAAACGCCAAUUACGACAGCAGGUCAACAAGAAACUCAACACGCACAUACGGCGGCUGCAGCAGCCGCUGCUGCCGCAACAUAUACAGACGUUGCAGCAUUAGCUGCAUAUGGUGCUGCUGCAGCAACUCAACCAGUAGCAAGUGCUGGUAUUGCAGCUGUACCAGGUUAUGGUAGGGAAUAUAUAGACCCUUAUCUGGGGCAUGGUAUAGGACCAAUUCCUGGAUAUACGACAGCUAUGUAUCGAGGAGGAUACAACCGAUUUAAGCCAUAUUAGUAUAAAUACUCUCUAUAAGCAAUUAUUGAUAUUGACAAAAGAAUACUCUUUUUUUUAUUAUUAAUUAUUAUUAUUAUAAUUAUUAUUAAUUUUUACUUUUGUUAUUAUAAGAACAAAAAUGUUAUGUAGAAAUUUAGAAUAUAAGUCAGAUAUUAUUGUAGAGUGAGAUAAAAAUUUUAAAAAUUCUUUAUAUCUAAAUAAGUAUACCUUGGUAUCUUCAAAGCUCAAAAAUAUUGUAUUGUAUUUGUAUUUGUAACCAAAGAUAAAAUUUGUCAAAAUAAUAUUUUCAUUAAUGAAAAUAAAAAAGAUAGAAAUUAUGUUUAAUAAACAGUUUUUAUAUUUCUUUC